AUGUCCUGCAUCUCUUCUAGUCUUCACCACACCUGUUGUUCCAGCAAUGGCCACGAGAGGCCACGUCUGACCCCAUCUGAGAAAUUGUCAGUCAGUAACAUGUACCUACUGUACUUUCUCCCAGGCAUCCAUUCUACAACAGUAACUACACUUGCUGACGGCACCUUCGACCUAGACCAGCUGAUCUCCAAGAUCCAUCACGGUUAACCUGACCCACACUACCCACGCUCUCGCCUGGUGUGUGUGGAAAACACGCACAAUAUUCAGGGAGGGCGAGUCCUCCCACUUUCGUUCCUGCAGGAGCUUCGCUCUGUGGCUGAUCAGUAUGGUCUGGGUGUGCAUAUGGAUGGAGCAAGGGUGAUGAAUGCAGCUGUGGCUCAGGGUGUCCAUCCCUCUGUUAUAAUGCAGCACUGCCACUCAGUGAGUGUGUGUCUGUCCAAGGGACUGGGGGCACAUGUGGGCACCGUGCUUGCUGCAAAAGAUUUCAUACAGACAGCAGCUCGUGCCUGCAAGGCGCUUGGCGGAGGAAUGCGCCAGCCAGGCAUCUUGGCAGCAGCUGGUAAGAUUGCCCUGUCAGACAUGAUUGGCAGACUGGAAGAGGACCACAGGAAAGCCAAACACUUUGCUCAAGCGCUGCUACAGUGUGACCCUCCUCUGUACCAGGUGGAUCUUGCAGAAACCAACAUUCUGAGGUUCCGCCUGCUGGACCACAAGAAGCCAACAGAGUUCUGUGAGUGGAUGGCAGGUGUGGAUGAGGAGGAGGUGAAGGCUCUGGGACAGGGGGUUAUGGUGCUGAUGUGACCUCAUGUUGGGGGCACCAUCAGGGCUGUAUAGCAUUUGGGCAUCAGUGAGGAAGAUACUCAGCUGGCUAUACAGAAGGCUCAGUUUGUGGUUCAAAAGCACAGAUUCAAGUCUGUCAAGGCAACAUGA